CAAUUCCGGUGUAAUGGAGGACCAUCAGGUGCUCAACAUAUAUGUCGCAUCGAUUUUCAACAUCUGUGGAUACCGAUUGGAAAAUACUUAUAAAUUUGCCAUAGAUAUCAUCUGCUGUCAUUUUGCGCAACGACUAGUGAUGAAUCGGUCUAACGCAGACCAGUGUCUGUAACGGCAGCUAGUUCGUAACUCGGCGCCUUACUCAGAAAGAUGGCCAAUCCAUAGUGCCCAGCGCGAGGACAACUUGCUAGCCAUCAGAAACGGAAUUUAUCUCGGUGACGAUUUAAUGGAUUUAAUAGGGAAACUUAGCAAACACUUAAAAAGAAUAACGAGCAGCGCUGUGGAUAAAUAACUUAGCGUUAUUUGUUGACGUCAUGUCCGUACUAAUAAGGUGUAUUUCAAUACUAUUGUCAUUUUUGUAUUGUUCUGGGAACGAUAUUGUUGCUAUUAUAGAUCAAGACAUUUAUAAUCUGCAUUUCCGGACUUUUUACUUAUCGGUGGAGAGACCGGAAGUUAAUUUGACAGGCAUAGUCUAUCCGACGUACACGGGUUUUGAUGAUCAGCUACAUGGUCUUUGUUCGUACCUCACCCAGCAGCAGACUCGGGCGGUGUUCGUUGUAGGCAAUCAGGACACGAUAAACAUUGUGUCUAUGGUAGCAAAUGUCCUCGGAAUACCGACCCUGGCUUACAUGAAGGACGCAAAGACAGUCUACGAGAAGACACUAGACGAUCUCUUAUUGAUUCUCGGUAAUUCGCACCAGGAGACAGCUAGAGCGGUGCUAACUUUCUUCCGGGAGAAUUUUUGGUAUAGGUUUCUGAUAAUUAUAGAAGAUCAAUCACUGAAUGACGGAUUUUUCGGCAAAGUAAUAUCACAAAACCAGACAGAGCUGUGGCACGUAUCAUCACUUGUCGUUAGCAGAAAGGUCACUCCUGAGGAACUACGAAGGCAGAUAUGCAGACUUCUGACGGAAGACAUGAUAGUUCUUCUCCACGUGGACCCCAUGAUGGCAAUAUUAAUUUUUACAUCACUUCCGUGUAAAAAUUCAAACCAAUCAAACAUAAUAAAAUGGUUUCUGACAGAAAAAGUUUAUACUCAGGAUACGUCCUUGCUAAAGUUUUACCCUGCUGGUACUCUUGCUGUAGUAACAGAUUAUAUGGUGUCAUUGGAUGACGUAAUAUCAGACAGUGUGUCGUAUUUGAAUUUUGUCAUUCAAAGCGCACUUCGUGAUGGUGUUUUGCCCAAUGGUUUUCAGAAAACAUGUUUUGACGAAUAUCCUCUUGACCUGACGAUUGGAGAGAGUUUUUAUAGGCACUUCAAGACCAAUACGUACCAAGGGUUUUCUGUUCUAUUCGAUUUCACUCCCGACGGUUACCUUUCGAAUCAAGACUUUAAAAUAAAGACACUUAAAAACUACAAAAAUAAUUACGUGUGGCAGGAAAUUGGAUACGUUCAGGGGGAGAAUGUCCGUCCUCGAGGAAUCCUUUGGCCUUUGCAACAUACCAUUGAUCUAAAAAAUGGCCGUGUUCGAUAUCGCGUGGUGACAAAUCCUGUAAAACCUUUUAUAAUGGUGGACGAUGGAAUUGAAGAUACACAUAUAUGUAUUCAAAGCACGCGCUGUAUCAAAAUUUUGGUUGCUGAUCAAAAUCAGACCUUGGAUAUUAUCCAGAAUUACGAAAAUAACAACGACACAACUGGCUAUGAACUGCAGUGUUGCCGCGGAUUUGCAAUAGAUCUGUUAAACAAACUUUCCUCCGACCUAGAAUUUGAGUUUGUAUUGUAUAUUGUACAUGAUACAACUUACGGAAAAAAGAUGAUCAAUGGGUCCUGGGACGGAAUGGUGCGGGACCUGACUAAUGGCAUUGCCGACAUGGCCAUAGCGGCAUUUAGUAUAACCGGAAAUAGGAUGAGCGCCAUUGAUUUCUCCUAUCCAUACUAUUUUUCACGUUUCACGGUCUUGUACAUACAACAGAAUCAAAAGACAUACAUGUAUGCAUUCAUCGAACCAUUCUCAGUCGAAGUUUGGUGUACGAUCUUUAUCAGUGCCACUAUAUCGGCUGUGGGUAUGUCGGUGUUUGAAUGGAAUAGUCCUUUUGGUCUGAAUCCUUGGGGAAGGAAGCGAAAACAGAACUACACAUUAGGAUCGGGAAUGACGAUGGUUUACUCCUUGUUGUUUGGGCAUACAGUCAGUACCAAGUCCCCGAAAUCGUGGCCUAGCAAAGUACUCCAAAAUUUUUGGGCUUCUGCCUGUAUUUUCAUCAUUGCUAGCUAUACGGCCAACUUGGCAGCUUUCCUUGCCGGAAAACACAGCGGUAUUGACUACAGUAGCGUGUUCGAUUCAAGGCUGAUGGAAAUUAGAGUGGGAGUUCUUGGGGGAAGCGCCGUGGAGUCUCUGACUAGUAACCUCAGUAAAUCGCUGUACAUCAGGAGCCAGAAUCAUCUCGUCCCGACAACGAACGAUGCCAUUAAUAUGUUGAUAAAUGGUCAAAUUGACGCCUAUCUGGGUGACUAUCCGAUACUGGACUAUGCACGUGUAAAGCUGGAUCCGAAUUGCAAUCUUUAUAUUGUCCCACAAUCGUUCGGUGAGGAUGAGUAUGGGAUAGGAUUUCCCAAAGGUUCUCCACUUCAGAAACCAGUGUCCAAGAAAAUCCAGCAUUACCAUGAUACUGGCUACUUGGAAAAUUUAAUCGAUAUUCAUUUCGACGAGGAGAAAUGUUUCAACCAGGGAAUUAACGAGCAGAGGUUCAGUUUGAACGUUUACCAUCACAGUGGACUUUUUGCGCUCCUCUCUAUUGCUAUCGUCUGCUGCAUACUUCUUGUUCUAGUGGAGCACCUUGUCUUUAAAUUCCUUCUGCCCAUAUGUCGCAGACGACCAGUCGACAGUUUCUGGAAAAGCCUCAGUGUCAUGUUCUUUAGUCAGCGAUUACAUCGAAGCAUCAACAGUGCCGUUUUAAUUUCCGCCCAAGAGUCCGCCAAGGAGAUGUUAGGAAUCGUGAAAAAGGGAGACUUUUCCAAACUAUUCAUGAAGAGCACUAUCAGAAAAAACAAGCUGGCCGAUUUGGCGAAAACUAAGAGAAUUAACCGAAACUUCCUGGACAUCGUAGAAAAAGCAAAGUGGGUAAGCGAUAUGAAAUCCACUAGUCUGCUCAACGAUGACUCGCCAAAUGAACCUGUGGAUAUCAAACGUCUCUCACUCCGCAAUCUCAGCAACUGUGUCAAUCUCGAGGCCCUGAGAUCUCAAUGCCAGAGCUCCCUGCCAAAAGUGGACUCGGUGAGAAAUUACGAUGACAGCAACGAAGAGUGCAGCGAGAGCGAGGCAGAGGAUACGAGAACUCUGAGCGGUCUUGGGAACACAUGUGAUAUUGGAACUUCUGAUAGCAAGUAUAAUAUGUGGUAUGUUCCCGGGAAACAUGUGACAGGCGAGUCUCAACCAAUAGAAAUGCCAGAAAACAGCGAUACUGGAUCAUAUUAUGAAAGACACUUUGACGGAACUUUCAGUUCUCUUCAUCAAAGUGAAUCAAGCUGUUGCUGUGAUACGUGCAAGCAUGAAACAUUAGGUGCUUGUUAUGGUGGGGGAAAGGGGGAAACUUUAUGUGAAGUAUCUUCUUCAUUUUCGGGGCAAACUACAUCAGAUUUCGGUAGACAGGUUGCUACGUCUGCAAACGAAAUAAAUGGUUUUUAUGAAGAUGACGGUCAACGAGGUGACAAUGUUGACGAAGAGACAGGUUUGUUACAUUGGAAAGAAAGUGAAGAAAACUUGAAGCUUUAUAAUGAUAUUGAAAAUUAUCGUUUACAUUCUAUGCAAAGUUCACAACCAGAUCUCAAUAAGAUAAGGGAACAUGCUGCGCGUGCAUGUAAUACACCUACUGCGCAAUCUCCAAAUGUCAAUCACCUCAGCAAAAAGGAAUUGCUGCAGUUGUGGAAAUCUUCAGAAUUACAACUGAACUAUUUACUUAAGAAUACACUUAGAGAAAAUAUUGAACUCAAAAAUACUCUUGCAAAAUUACAAGGGCGAUCCAAAAGAGAAGCAAAAGAGAGAAAGCGUUCAAGGAGAGAUCAAUAAUUCGACCGUCGUCCCUAAAAUGUUGCUCAAUCUCAUUAUACUUUGUUAAUUUGUGUCAAUUAAAUAUUACUUAGGUGAACAACAAAUAAAUCCACUGAUAAAAUUA